GUUGACAGUGAAAGUGAAAGCUGGGGACAGUCCUGCACUGUCGGUACAAGGAGUCGCACUGUGAGGAUGGCGGUGGAGCCACUGGUUUAUUCGGCGCACACGUUUUAACGCACGGAGGUGUCAGAUGGAUCUGCGCUCCCCUUCACUCUGUGUCUACGUUAUGAUGCUCUGUCUGCUCCGCUGCUCCAUCGGCGGUGAAAACAAAUGUAAAUGCCAAGAAAUUCCUCAAAUUCCUCUUACUGUCGAUCCAUUGAGUAGAUGCCCUGAGAAUACUACGUAUUUCCGCUACACAUGUAUAGAAGGCUACGUGAGGAAGGCGGGAACCUCAAAUCGCAUCAACUGCAACCAAAUUAAUGGCGCUUGGACAACACCCCUCCUGCAGUGUAUACCUGACCCAAAGAGACCACAGCCUCCAAGUACCACCGUAACACAGGGUUACACUGAUAUCACCCUUGACAUCAUUACCACUACAGUCACCACCUUCACCAGCCCACCGGUGAUCCGCAUUGCAAGCACCUCAGUGACUGCGGAAACAGAGAGAGCAGAGUCGACCUCACCUGAUCUGCAGGUCUCAUCACAGAAUUCCACACAGGUACAUCUUGUGAUCAAGACUGAAGAAACAGAGAAGUCAACAUCAACCUCAACCUCAACCUCAACCUCAACCACCACUGAGCCUUCAACAUUUGAUCCUCAUGUGUCCGACCAGACAAAACUCUACAACACGUCAGCAGCGUUGAUCACCUUGGUUUUGGUAAUGAUCACCUGCGCUUUGAUUGGACUCGGCUUCAAGAAAUGUUACAGAAGGUCAAAGGAGAACACCUCUCACCAGCCAUCAGAGGAAGAGCAGAUACCCAUGAAUCAGUCUGCGUAGCUGUUAUAGACUUUGUCCCCUAAAGACCUGCUGCUGCUUGUGGAGAGCCACAGCCUUCCAUGCAGUAAAGAACGGCUUCUCACCUCCGCACAGGACUGAAGAGUGUGUGAUCACCUCCGUCCAGCAGAAAGCAUGAUGGCUGGCUCGACGGGACAUUUGUAGCUUGCACGUUCCUCAAGAAUUUGAACUCAUAACCCUGGGUAAUACCUGAGACACAUAUCUGAACUUCUAUUCUAUCAACUAUUCAUCUGGUGCUACAACGGGUGAUGCUUUUUUUUUUUUUUUUAACCAUUCAGGAUAUGUCUUUUCUGCGUUUAGCCAAAGCUCAUUCAUCAUUGUUCAAAAACUAUUAAAAACAUAUCAGUGGGC